UCCUCACCGUCCUCUUCCAAUCCAAACCACCCGAGCAAAGCGGCCGCCGCUAGCGCACACACGCACGCAGGCAGCAGGCGGCAAUGCAACGCGCCGCGGUCCUACGCCCGCUCGUCGGGUCCCCUCUCCUCCCCGCGAGACCCCUCGCCGCGCGGCGCCGCUGCCGCUUCCGUGGAGGCGUUCGCGUGAGGUCCGCAACCGGGGAGGGCGGGAGCGGCCCCGGAGGCGGAGUCGGCGAGGGCGACGGAGCCGCGGCGUCGUGGCUGAGCUCGGCGGUGGGGGAGAAGGUGGACGAACUGCUGCGGCGCGAGGAGAACCGGGCCCUGCUCGAGGGCGUCCAGGACGCCGAGCGCCGCGUGGAGCGCGCCCGCGCCGCGCUCGCCGACAUCGAGCGCCAGGAGGCCGCCGCGCGCCUCGCCCGCGAGGAGGUCCGCCGACUUGAGAAGCGGCGCGACGAGAUUGCAGAGUCCCAGCGGGAAUUGCUCCAAGCAAGAGAAAUGAUUGAUGAAGCUGAGCGUUCUUUGUCUUCUAGUCUUGAGGAAGGAAGCUUUGGAGAUGUGUCAAGUGGUGAUAUUGAUGAAGAUAGCGAGAGACUAGAAUCUGUAAAAGCUGCUGCAGUUUCCUCUAUAGUUGGUGUUCUGGCUAGUUUGCCCGUAUCUUUCUAUGAAGUUCAAGAUCUGCCACAACUAUUUCUUCGGUCAUCAGUUAUUUUCAUAAGUUGCGCUUUGUUUGGAGUCACAUUCCGGUAUGCUGUUAGAAGAGAUCUAGACAAUAUCCAACUAAAAACAGGGGCUCCUGCAGCAUUUGCUUUUGUUAGAGGCCUUGCUCUGCUGGAAUCUGGUAGAACCCUCGAGCUGAGCACUGAUACCUUAAUAUCAGUUGUUAUUGAUGGUGCAGUUAGUGUGGUUGAGAACAUUUUCAUAUUUCUUCCUGCUGCUGUUGCACUGGACUACUGUUUUAAGAUGAGAUUUUUGAGUCCCUUUCCUAGAAGAAAACAAUAGCUUCUGUGAAGAAUGUCUGAAUAUGUAUGAUCGACAAGAAUAUUGAUUACUCUGAUGGUCAUAUGUAAUACAAAUGACUUCUUAGAUUCGUUGAGCAAAUAUUUUCCCAGUGCA